AUGAAUCCAGUCACAGACUCAUAAACAAUUGAUUUUUUAACAAAAUGUGAAGACCUUCUAAAUUCAACACUUGAACAUGGUCAACUUGAUUAAAUGUGUCAUGAACUUAUUAACACCUUCUGUAAAAUAUAGAAAUAUUUAUAGUUGUUUAUUUAGAGGAAGUGUAAAAUUACAAAAGUGAAGUUUGCCUUAAAUUGAAAUCUAAAUAGGCUGAAAUCGAUAUGCUCAAUUUUUAGUUUUCAAAAUAAACAAAUCAACUUGAAGAACAAAAAAGGGAUUUAGUUAGAUAGAUAGAUAUUUGUCAAUAAUUAGAAUUAUAGUUGUAAUACUUUGAAGAGAAAUCAUAAAAAUCCGAAAAAGAAAUCCUAAAGGUCGAAACAGAGUUAAGAAAAAAGCUUCAUUAGCAAAAUCAAUAAUAUCGAGAUUAGAUUUAAACCUUAAUGAGUGUACAAUAAGAAAUUGAUAAACAGAUACUUUAACUCUCCAGGGAAAAAGGAUAAUUAUAAUUGUAAUUUGAAUAACUCUAGAAGAAAUAUGAGGAUUAGUAAUAUUUAAUAACAAAUUUAACUGAGCAAUUAGCUAAUGUUUAAACAAACUCAAGUUAUAAUUCAAAAAUACAGUAAAAUAAUGAUGCUAUUGUGGACAGUUAGAAUGAAUCUAUAGAACUUAAAUCUGAAUAAAAAAGAAGCUAGUAUUCAAAUUGUAUUUCACAUAAUUAAAUUAAUUUUAAAUGGGAAAAAAUUUAACCUAGUAUAUCCUCAAUUCGUAAUUCUUUUACUAUCAUCAAUCCUGCAAAUACUAGAUGUGAUAUCUAAUCAAGACCAAAAAUUAAAUCCUUGGCUUUUCUUAACAUUAGCAAAGAAAAAUAAUGUGAUCCUUAUUAUGAAUUUUUUAAAUUGGUAUUUUUAUUAUUUAUGAUUCUUAGAUUACUCAAUGUGUUAAACUUGAUUUAGGAUAAGCUCAUAUAUUUACUAUGGAUUUUGAUUAUCUUUUUGAUAAAUUUAAAAAUGAUUGCAUACCUUUCAAUCAAUGGUAUAAUAAAAUAGUAGAUGAGAUUUUUUCAUGA